UGUUUAUGCCUCGCUCGCCCCGCCCCUGUCGGUGACGUCACUCGUGGAGCUUGCGCCCGGUUAUUGUCGCAGGCCGCUGGAACUGGACCGGAGAGAGGAGUGAAGACCCGGCCGUCCCGUGUAUUACUGUACACGGCGGAGCUGUGCAAUGGCGGCCGUGCCUUCCAGGCGCUCCCAGCAACAACCAGUGUCCGGGGCAGCUGGGCAGCCUCCCCCGUCCUCCUCUCCUCCUCCUCCUGCAGCUUCGCCGCCGCCGCUUUCCUCCGAGCUCCAGUCCCCUCCUCGCAGCCCGGAGAUGCCUCCAGCCUCCCAGCGCCAGGGCCCGGAUUCUCAGCCUGAGGGAGAAGCGGCUCCUGUGCCGGGGUUCCUGCCCAGGCCUCUCUCUCCUCCUCCGGGCGAAGCUGCUGCCAUGUUGUCACCCAGCUCGUCGUCUCUUCCCUCAGCGCCGGCUCCCAGCUCCGGGAGCAGCAGCUCGUCCUCCACUACCAGCCUGUCCUCCGGGGGCAGCCCGCCGGAGAGCCCCGACCCCGUGGGAGGAGGCCUAGGCCCCGGGGGGCCACUGAGCGCAGUGAGCGGAGCUUUCCGGGAACUCUUCGAGGCUUGCAGGAACGGGGACGUGUCCCGGGUGCGGAGACUGCUGGAGCCAGGGAAUGUCAAUGCCAAGGACAUGGCUGGCAGGAAGUCUACCCCUCUGCACUUCGCAGCAGGGUUUGGAAGAAAAGAUGUAGUGGAGCAUCUGCUGCAGACAGGGGCAAACGUACAUGCCAGGGAUGACGGCGGUCUUAUUCCUCUGCACAAUGCUUGUUCCUUUGGGCAUGCCGAAGUUGUGACCCUUCUGCUCUGUCAGGGGGCAGACCCCAAUGCCAGAGACAAUUGGAACUACACUCCUCUGCAUGAGGCAGCGAUUAAAGGGAAGAUUGAUGUUUGCAUAGUACUGCUGCAGCACGGCGCUGAUCCCAGCAUCCGGAACACCGAUGGCAAAUCUGCCCUGGACCUGGCUGAUCCUUCAGCGAAAGCUGUGCUUACCGGUGAAUACAAAAAGGACGAACUCCUGGAAGCUGCCAGGAGUGGGAAUGAGGAAAAACUCAUGGCUCUGCUUACACCUUUAAAUGUCAACUGCCAUGCCAGUGAUGGACGCAAGAGGGAAAGAAGAUGUCUGGAUCUUUGUGAUGAACACACAGAUGUGGGACUUGUUACAGUACCGUUAGCAGAGUUGUGUAUGGUACCCCACAUGACCAGAACAGAUCUUUAUUCACUGAAAUCUACACCAUUACACUUGGCGGCAGGAUACAAUAGAGUCCGAAUUGUCCAACUGCUCCUUCAGCAUGGUGCUGACGUACAUGCGAAGGAUAAGGGCGGGUUAGUGCCUUUGCAUAAUGCUUGUUCCUAUGGACACUUUGAAGUCACAGAAUUAUUACUUAAGCAUGGAGCGUGCGUCAAUGCCAUGGAUCUCUGGCAGUUUACACCAUUACAUGAGGCUGCAUCAAAGAAUCGGGUUGAAGUUUGCUCCUUGCUGCUGAGUCAUGGUGCAGAUCCAACACUAGUCAAUUGCCAUGGAAAAAGUGCAGUAGACAUGGCACCUACUCCAGAGCUCAAAGAGAGAUUAACCUAUGAAUUCAAAGGACAUUCUCUGCUACAAGCUGCCAGGGAGGCAGACCUGGCCAAAGUGAAGAAGACACUUGCUUUGGAGAUCAUCAAUUUUAAGCAACCGCAGUCCCAUGAGACCGCACUGCACUGUGCAGUGGCCUCUCUCCAUCCAAAAAGGAAGCAGAUAACAGAGUUGUUGCUCAGGAAGGGAGCCAGCGUCAAUGAGAAGAACAAAGAUUUCAUGACGCCUUUACAUGUAGCUGCUGAAAGAGCACACAAUGAUGUCGUUGAAGUUCUGCAUAAACAUGGAGCAAAGAUGAAUGCCUUGGACACACUUGGGCAAACAGCCCUGCACAGAGCUGCACUGGGAGGUCACGUGCAGACGUGUCGUCUUCUGUUGAGCUUUGGCUCUGAUGCGUCAAUCAUCUCUCUGCAAGGUUUUACAGCAUCACAGAUGGGAAAUGAAGCUGUGCAGCAAAUUCUAAGCGAAAGCACACCAGCCCGUACUUCUGAUGUGGAUUAUAGACUGCUUGAAGCAUCAAAAGCUGGAGACCUGGAUACUGUAAAGCAGCUUUGCAGCCCCCAGAACGUGAAUUGCAGGGAUCUUGAAGGUCGCCAUUCAACGCCAUUACAUUUUGCUGCUGGUUAUAACAGAGUUUCUGUUGUGGAAUAUCUGCUACAUCAUGGUGCUGAUGUACAUGCCAAAGAUAAGGGUGGCUUAGUCCCUCUACACAAUGCCUGCUCCUAUGGACACUAUGAAGUGGCAGAGUUGUUGGUGAGGCAUGGGGCCUCGGUAAAUGUUGCAGAUCUCUGGAAAUUUACUCCACUACAUGAAGCAGCUGCUAAAGGAAAAUAUGAGAUCUGCAAACUGUUAUUAAAGCACGGAGCAGAUCCAACCAAGAAAAACAGGGAUGGAAACACACCCCUGGAUUUGGUAAAAGAUGGGGACACGGACAUUCAAGAUUUAUUACGAGGAGAUGCUGCUCUGCUUGACGCAGCUAAAAAAGGCUGCUUAGCAAGAGUGCAAAAGCUUUGCACACAAGAAAACAUUAACUGCAGGGACACCCAAGGGAGAAACUCGACCCCUCUGCAUCUAGCAGCUGGCUACAACAACCUGGAGGUGGCUGAAUAUCUCCUAGAGCAUGGUGCAGAUGUCAACGCACAAGAUAAAGGAGGACUUAUUCCCUUACACAAUGCAGCAUCAUAUGGACACGUUGACAUUGCAGCAUUAUUGAUAAAGUACAACACUUGCGUGAAUGCCACAGAUAAAUGGGCAUUCACCCCCUUACAUGAAGCCGCCCAGAAAGGAAGAACGCAGUUGUGUGCUCUGCUUUUAGCACAUGGUGCAGAUCCCACAAUGAAGAACCAGGAAAGCCAAACACCACUAGAUUUAGCUACAGCAGAUGAUAUUCGAGCUCUGCUAAUAGAUGCAAUGCCUCCUGAGGCUUUACCUAGCUGCUUCAAACCUCAAGCAACAGUAGUCAGUGCCUCCAUUAUAUCGCCAGCGUCUACCCCCUCGUGUCUGUCUGCUGCCAGCAGCAUUGAUAAUCUCACUGGUCCCUUGGCCGAUCUGGCUGCAGGAAGUUCUUCAAAUGCUGGCGAUGGAGCUGCAGGGACGGAAAGGAAAGAAGGAGAAGUUGCAGGUCUUGACAUGAACAUCAAUCAGUUUCUGAAAAGCCUGGGUCUAGAGCACCUUCGGGAUAUCUUUGAAACGGAACAGAUUACAUUAGAUGUGCUGGCAGACAUGGGACACGAAGAGCUGAAAGAGAUUGGAAUUAACGCUUAUGGCCAUCGUCACAAGUUGAUCAAGGGGGUGGAGAGACUUCUGGGGGGCCAGCAAGGAACCAAUCCUUAUUUGACUUUUCACUGUGUAAGUCAAGGAACUGUUCUCUUGGAUCUUGCUUCAGAUGAUAAAGAAUAUCAGUCAGUUGAGGAAGAGAUGCAAAACUCUAUCCGUGAACACAGAGAUGGGGGCAACGCCGGUGGGGUUUUCAAUCGAUACAAUGUGAUCAGGAUUCAAAAGGUUGUAAAUAAAAAACUAAGAGAGAGAUUCUGUCACCGUCAAAAGGAGGUGUCUGAAGAAAACCAUAAUCACCAUAAUGAACGCAUGUUGUUCCAUGGUUCUCCCUUUAUCAAUGCAAUCAUUCACAAAGGCUUUGAUGAGCGGCAUGCAUACAUUGGGGGCAUGUUUGGCGCUGGCAUCUACUUUGCAGAAAAUUCUUCAAAAAGCAAUCAGUAUGUGUAUGGCAUAGGAGGAGGAACUGGGUGCCCAACGCACAAGGAUAGAUCCUGUUAUAUUUGCCACAGACAAAUGCUGUUCUGUAGAGUGACGCUUGGCAAAUCUUUCCUACAAUUUAGCACUAUGAAGAUGGCACAUGCCCCUCCGGGCCAUCAUUCGGUUAUUGGCAGGCCUAGUGUAAAUGGACUUGCAUAUGCAGAAUAUGUAAUCUACAGAGGCGAACAGGCUUACCCAGAGUAUCUUAUCACAUACCAGAUUGUGAAGCCAGAAGCUCCCCUACAAGCUGCCACAACAGCAGAACAGAAAACCUAGAAAAUCAGGAUCUCAAUGGACUUUUCAAAAAUGAACAACUACAACACAGUGACUAAGAGACUUGAUAAAAGUGUUACAUUGAUGGUGGACGCACUCCCACUGGCUACUGUUCCUUUAAUGAAGAUGUUUACAAGGAGCUGCCUUUUUUUUAAUAAAGUUUCUCAGGCUCAUUUUAACUAGAUCAUCCAAGGCAAAAAAAAAAACAUAUUUGCAAAAAAAAAAAUGUGUCUGAGGUUUUAGCAGCAUUAUAUUAUGUAUUGCCACAUCAUCAUUUCCAAACUGGUUUGAGUGUUACAUGUACGUGUAACGUUUUCUGUGACCAUUUUAUUAAACUGUCAGCUUGACUACUUGGAAAGAG